CGCUGAUGCGUUUUUCUUUGCUAUUGCUAUGUGGCUGAUUAUAAAUAUAUUAAACAUGAUAAGAUAACUUAAUAUUUAGUUAUUCAUAUUUAUGAUUAGCCACAAUUUAACACAGUUGCUAUGAAAUCAUUUUCAUAUAACAUCGUUCCUAAAGCUGUUUAUUAAUCAACUUUAUUCCCUCUUAAUGCUGACCAGGAUUCACUAAUCCCCCCAUUUGUCCCGAGGAAAAUCUAGAUAGCUUAUCCACUAACUUUUUUGAUAGCUUGAACUAUCAAAAUAUGAAUUUAGACUUUCGGAACAAAAACCCUUACGCUAUACCUGCAAAUUUAAAUCAUAAAAUGAUACCAGAAUAUUUAGAUAAUACACCACCGUACAUACCACCCAGAGUUAAUUUAGAAUCAAAUCAUAGUUACAAAAAAAAUAUCAACGCACAAUCGAACACGAAGCCAAUGGUCUUUAGAGAAAACAAACCGCAAAAGCAGAACUUAUCCUUUACAGUUGAUAUGAGUAAGAAACCUGGAUCCAAAGUCUUUAAUCGCCUUUUCCCAACCGCCUGUGAAGAAAAAGAGCCUCCAAAAUUACCACCAAGAAAUUUUCAAUUAAACCUUAGUGAAAAACCACAACCAAAAACACCCAAACCGAAUGCCAGGAGUAUAUUUAAAAAUUAUAAGUCUUGUCCCGUUUCGCCGGUAUCGGAAGAAUGUAAAUGGGCGGAUAAAGUAGCUCAACAUGAAAAUAACCAAAAAAAAUUAAAAGAUCAUGGUGUUGACACAAGGAAAAGAAAUUCUCUUAGCUUUUUCGUAGGUCUUGACAGUAAAAUACAAGAUAGCCGAAAUAUUGUAGAUACUAUCAAAAGUGAUACAGAAAAAAUGAUUGCAGAAAUAACAAAAAAAUACGGUGAUUUAGAUGAAUUUGGACCCAACGGCCAAAGUGAUUUAGAUUUACAACCCACAAAAGAAAUACAGGAGAGAGACGAUGGUAAUUUCUCAUCAGAUUCCCUCGAAGAUUGUAGUUUAAGCCAAGAUGCAAGUUGCAAGAAUAAAUUGUAUUCUAAAAAAGUUUGCAAAAAACAUAAUAAACGUAACACCAUGCCUCGUAAAGCAGUUUCAAAUUACGAAAUCUUUGGGACUUAUGACAAACCAAUUGUUCCUGUAAAAAUGGUAUGUGCGUCACAGAAAAGUUCCACUUUACCAAGAAAUAUGCCAUCGAAUCUAGAUGAUAUUAUAGAUGAAGACAUGCAACUAAAUUACAAUAUGUAUAGAUGCCAAAGCGUUUUGACUAAGCGGUGUAUAACACGAUCAAAUGAGUCUGUUUUAAGUGAUAAUUCCAAUUGCUCUAGUGUAUCUAAUGAGAUAUUCCUAAAAUAUGGCAAUGAAGUAGCAUUCCAACAAGCUAAAUUUUCAGAUAGUCGAUACAAUUUAAACGAUUCGCAUAAUUGUUCAUCAGAAAACAUCAAUGAACCUGACAUGAAAUAUCUAGAAAAUCACAGGCACAGCAGUGCUAGUUUCUUCCUAAACCAGAAGAAAUAUAUGAAGACAAGCUGUAGUCAAGAAUCAAUAUUAUCUGACGAGUUUCUGGAUAACGAUAUUCUUAUGUCAAGAACUAAUUGUAAUUCUUUGGAAAGCGUUUUAUCUGAUGACUCUGAAUGUACAAAAAGUGCUCCCUUGGAAAUGCUUUUCGAAGCAACGAGGCCUUCUCGUACCAAAAACUACCCUAUAGGUGUGCCCAACAGUCAAAGCUGUUAUGAAUUUGACAAUACAUCAAAAAGUUACGGUUCAAGCCCAAACAAUGUGCCAUACUUAACUGGGUAUAUGUAUAACAACUAUCUUGCUGAACGGAGUACUCCAAAGAUGGAAUAUAAAGAUCAAGCAGCAGUCGUGGUAAGUCAAAAGCCAUCAGGAAAUAAAAUAUAUGGGUUUGAUAUACCAGCAGGAGAAUUUUCGGGUCAUAAAACAGUUACACGUUCCAAAAGUCUAUAUGAUUCUGCUUCUAAACAACCUCCGCCGGCUAAAAAUAUUGCGUACUAUUUUGACGGAAGUAACGUUCAAAAGUAUGACAAAGAAAAUAAAAAAGCUGACGAAAUACCGAGGUUGAACACGUCAGACUAUAUGGCAAAUACAAGUAAAUCGCUCCAACCAAAAUUUUCUGAUAAGCAUAAAUACAAGAGUGAAAUGGAAGGAUGUGAUUCGAAUGCAAUGGUUAAAUCUAAAAGCUGUAGUUUUGAAGUUGUCUUAGAACCAGCAUCGAAACCAAAUCCUUUAAAGAAUCUAAUGGAAAAGCGAAAUUCUCAUGUAAAGAAGAAUCUUGAAAAAUUCGAAGACCAAAUAAGAAAGAACACUCAGACAAAGAUUAAUAAAAAUCAACUAAAUAAAGAUAAAGCCAACGUAUCUAAAUAUAAUAACGCCACAAAAAGCCUUGAGAGAGAUUCAAGUCAAAAAAAUAAUGCCAAAAUAACGAUGGAAUUUGUGCCACAUAAACCUCCUAAACCAAUUAAAAGAACGUCUUCCAUAAAGCUUAAUAAUAGAUUAAAAGCCGGUUUAGAAAAAUCAACACUAAGUUCUUCCAUAACUUCGCAAUACAAAGCAAAAUUAGAUGGAUUGCAAAAUAAAAAUUAUAUAUCGAAUAGGAAACAAGAAGACAAGAAUUCAAAUGUAGAAGAUUCAAAGGAAGAUAAUUCAGAGAAAACGUUUGACGUUUUUGUGAAAGAAAAAGAUGUUAAUGACAAUAGGUCUGAAAUACAAAUGGAUAGUCUCGAAGUCUUUGCUAUGCAGAGAGUCGAAAACAUGACGCACGCGAGUAUGGAUUCUUUAGAUGUAAUUGAAAGCAGUCAUGAUUUUACUAAAGAUUCAUUAGACUACUAUGCAGAACAAGAAAACAAAAAAUAUAACAAGACUAUCAAAGAUCAGACGAAUUUGAAUUUUGCCAAAAGUCAUAUAGAUAAACCUAUUCCGUCUCACAGUGGCCAAAAUAGUGAAGCCAAAGAAAAUAUAGCUCCUGGGAAUGAUGAUUUCGAAAAAUAUAAGUAUAUCGAGCGAAAGCUAGAAAUUAUUAACAAGUUAGUGGAAAUGGAGGAAAGAAAAAUAUUACAAGAGAAAAUAUUAAAAGAAUGGCGUAUGAAGCCAUUAAAGGCCAAUAUAAACGAUGGAAAAGGUGUAGUUAAAGUUUUAUCUAGGAAGUUUGAAAAGUUAGCAAAUAAACAAAAUACUGUCCAUAACUUUGCUUCUCUAACUUUGGAGGAAGCUGAUACAGAUACUGAAAAUUCUGACAAUAAAGAGAUCAAGCGCAACUUGAGCUUGCCGGAUAUAUUGGAUACGGAUCAAAUUGGUUUAACUGUCGGAGGCGUAGAUGUAUCAAAUGACGCUGGCAACGAAACCGUUGAAGUAGAAGAAUCUGAGCCUAAAGAACCGUUGAACAAUACGUUUCAAAAUGUACCGAAACCAAGAAAGUCACUCCCGCAAAGGGUGUAUAAUGAAAUGGUAAUUCCUAAAACGGAUGUACAUUUGGAUAGUGAAAAUUAUGAAUCGUCGACAACAAGUUCCAGUUGUACUAAUUCACCUAAAAGGAUGUCUUUUUACGGAUUCAACAGACCAAAAGUCCCUUUUAGAAAGAUUAUUCGGGAACCGCCGAGAAUGUAUACGGAAAAUCAGCACAUCGCAUCGUCUAGUAGGAUAAGACCACUUUUAAAUUCUGGAAAUGCCCCAAGGGGCUUAGUUCGAAAGUUGCCCAUAACUCCCGUCCUACCGUCGAAAUUCUCACCAAUAGCAGGUUGGACUCGCAUGAUACUUAGAUGUCGUCGCGAUCCUUUUGUUGCGCUUUAAUCUAGAUUGUUUAUGUAUAGUAUCUUUGUAAUCGUUAUAAUUUCGUUUAAAGAAGAGCUUUAGCUAUAUUUGUGAUAUCUUGUGAAACUAUAGUCCAUUUUGUUUGAUUUCAUAACACAACACAUCACAAAUCAUGGCUUAAUGCUAUGUCAGCAUGCAUUUUUCAUUGAAUAUUUUUAUAUUGUCACGUUGCACGAUUUUCUUAUAAUCGAUUGAAAACGAUAUUGCUUUUGCCUGUAUCAAUUUGGUCAUUAUAAAUGUCUAACAUACUUUAAUAAACGCUUAGAAUUUUCGUUUGGACUAAACUCGUGUAUAACAUUUUCUAUUAGACAAUUUAGAUAAUUGAAAGCAUUAGAGUAAUUAAUAAAAAAAGUAAAUCAGAUCCUGUACUGUUGAAACUGUUAAACGAACCUAAAAGUUGCUAUGAUAGUAUUCUCAAGAAGUUUUUAGUACUUUGAAUUUAAAUCAAUUGAAUUUUUAUAAUAAUAUGAAAUAACAUAAAAAGGCACCUUUUUCGUUUCUUUAAAUUCACUUUUCGACACAAUGCAUAUUUUAUUCAAAAAGUCAUUGGACAAAAGAAUAUUUAUCAACCUUUGUCUAUUUCAAAUAUUUAAAGACCUACUUUGGUUUUGAACUCCUUACCACUGUCAAAGCCUCAAGAAGUAUUGAAAAGCAUAAGAAGCACACACAAAGUCGUAUAGAAAAUGUUAUAAUUAACUUGAGACUGAAUUUUGACUUAAAAAAAAGGUAAAUAGCGGUUGAUGACGUAAACGAAAGACAUUAGACCAAGUUGAGUGUAACCAGUAUGUGUUGAGCGUUGAGCAUGCAUGUAAUGCGCGUGGU